GUGGCAGCGGUGACCGCCUCCUGGGUUAUUUUUUUUUCUCUCCCCCACCUGCCCCAGGGUUCUGGUUUCCCGAAUCAGUUGGCGAAUAACGAGCAGGUAGGCAGAUGUCUUUUUCGCAUUCCUACCAACGCGUAGGCAAGUUCGAUGAGCCAGAGUGAACAGCCAGGGUCCCAUCUCUCAGCUGACUCCCAGGCGGUGCUAGCAGGGAAGAGGGACGCGCCGGAGAAUGAAACACCACUAGCUGGGAAAGCCGGCCUGGACCUUCACCGGGGGCAGCAAGUCUGGCAGCCCAUCGCCGCCGCCCCCUCCGACCAGAACAGACAACGCUGCGAGCCCCGGGCUUCCGCCGCAGCGCGCAGAAAUUGGAGGUGCCAGAGGAGACGAGCAGCAGCACUUGAUUUAGCUGGGCUGCAGGCAUUCCGACCCGCACACUUUCCAGAAGCCUGAUCUCUCCAAGUCCGAGCCCAGGGAGGGACUCGAGCCCCGGCUUCCAGGUUGACCCUAGCGCGCCCCCUUCGUGCUCUCGGCCGCGUUUACCGCGCAGGGCCUCUAGGUCGUGUGAAGUCCAAGCAGUACAGGCCGCUCCCUGGGCACCCACCCAGCAGCCCACCUGGGACAAGCCGGAGAAGGGGCGGAGUGAACUGCGGAGACCACGUGGAGAGACUGGCCGCUUUGGCCCUUCCAUCCGGGUGCCCGGAGCCCCUAGGCCCUCCGGCCAUGGCUGACAGCAGCGGUGCGGGCAGCUCCGGCCCCUGGUGGAAAUCGCUCACGAACAGCAGGAAGAAAAGCAAGGAAGCCGCGGUGGGAAUGCAGCCUCCGGCCCAGCCUGCUCCCGGGGAGCCCACGCCACCUGCGCCGCCCAGCCCGGACUGGACCAGCAGCUCCCGGGAGAACCAGCACCCCAAUCUCCUUGGGGGCACCGGCGAGCCCCCCAGGCCAGACAAGUUGUACGGGGACAAAUCCGGCAACAGCCGCCGCAAUUUGAAGAUCUCGCGCUCCGGCCGCUUUAAAGAGAAGAGGAAAGUGCGUGCCACACUGCUCCCAGAGGGGGGCAGGUCCCCGGAGGAGGCGGGUUUCCCUGGUGACCCCCACGAAGACAAGCAAUAGCCUCAGUAGCCUGCGCGCUCCAGGACUGUCUCUUUACCCAGCACUACCCCUAAACCCCCAGUUUCAAACCCGAGACUUCAGGCCUGCCCUCUUACAUGUUGUCUAAUUCUACCAAAUUCAGAAUAUUCACACAAUGCCUUCAUUUUAUUUUUCUGGAAAUUGAAGUGUCAAUUGGGUUUUCAAUAUUUCAUGACUCAAGGAUGCAUUAAAUAUUUAUUUGUGGUAAGAGAAGAUACCUGCCGCUGAGGAGGUUGGCAUAACUUUUUUCAAAAAGCUAUUCUGGGGCCCUGGCCCCUAGGUCAUGCUGUAGCCUCUCAAAUGAGGAAGGUGGCUGUUAUUUAGGACUGGAAAGCAAAUCACAGUGCUAUUUUUAAUGCCUGAGAAAUGCCCUUUAGGGGUACCUCCUUAGACUUACACCUUAAGUGAAGGAGUGGGGGAGGAAGAAGCAUUCUUAGUAGAAGCAUUUUAAAGUAAGGCAGGAUUGCUUUUAAUGUUAAACUAUAAAACUGUACUGCCUAUUUUAGUGUGGACUAUUAAAACCGUUGCACUGUAA